CGUCGCAGGAGAAUGACGGCUGCUUACGACGCGGGGCGGGGAUUGGCUGGGGAAAGGGUAAAAACGCGAAAAGCGCCCCAAGUCCGGCUCAAAUUUGGUUUUUUUUCGGCCAUAGAUUCCCCUCCCCGUAGGGAGCUCGGAGAUUAUCGGGUUCCGGUGCAUUUCGUGUAUCGCGCAAACGGGGCGAGGUAUGUACACGGCAGCAGCAAAGAAAUAGGGCCCCUCUGCGCGGCACAGAAGGAAGGUCCAAGGCUCUCCUCACGCAGCAUGGACGUGGACACGUGCGCCACCCUGCAGAGCGUCGCGUCGUAGAUAGCGAACAGCGCGGACCGCACGAAUGCACGACUCGCCACCAUGCGCGCGGAAGCGCAUCGCAACCUACGUGGACGGCCGACUUGGGACAUCGUUGGGGCUCGAGUAUCCGUCUAGGUGCUGCGCUCGCGGGACGUCGGUACGUCGGUACAUUGCAGUGUACGCCAAUGACCGCGCCGCUAGCCAGGUUCGACAUAACCGGGUCUUCCAUCCAAGACUCGAGCUCGCGGUACCAGCAGAAGUACCCUCCGGAGGGCAGCGCUUGCCCAACUCGUCGAUCCGUUCGCCUGUUGUGUGUGUCCAGCCGUGUAUGUGUGAUGUGUGGAGGCUGCUUGAUAGUUAUAGGCACAUCAUCCAGUCCUGCGUCGGCUCCUCACGGUACACGCCCUUGGUCGUUCGAUGUUCCGCGCAAAGGACGGACGAUCAGCGGGAUGAACGCGAGACAACCGCAAACCCACUUACCGAUCCUUGCAAUCUGCUCGCCAGGUGGCAUCGACAUCUCUACACAACGCUUGCCGUGCUCAAACUCGACAUCGUGGUGAAUGAACCUUGGAGCCACCGAGCCCCUCGUGGCGCAGGACUGUAACCCUCAAGCGUCGGCCGACGCGAGCCUGCAGCCGUUGUGCCGGUGACAUCUGCCCAGGUGGACUUCAUCAGUCUUCGUCCCACAUGCGGACCUGGCUGUCUACGUACCUUCGCCAACACCCCGCUCGCCGGAAGACGAUACAUACAUACAUUGUCAUACACGACCAUCUGGGGUCGGGCAUGGCCGCAAUGAACAAGCCAUGUGGCAAUUUGACAGGCCGGGGGAGACCGUGUGUCCAUCGCCUGCGGUCGACGGCGCGCUGUUGCUGCAGUGAGCACACUGGCCGCUGUCCGCGACGUACCUCACCGCGUGGCGGUGGGCUUGCUCGCCGGACGGCGAUCCAUAUAUACAUUACCGGUCCGUCUGCA